CAGGAGUAUGGGAAAAGAGAAUAUGAGAGAAAAUGGGAAGGAAUCGGUAAUCGCUCAAAAAUUGAGGAUAGAUAAUAAGUGGUUACACACAUCCGUCUCUUUUUUAGUUGUAUGAGAAUCGAAACUCAGCCUGAUCCAGACUCCUCCGGUACCCUUCCUGCAAAUAUAUUCAACUAAGCCACUGGUUUUGCAAGAUCUGGCCUUAACAUUUAAAGCGAGAAACAAAAUCUUCACAGUACCUAUCAGGCAACAGCUUCAAACCGGUAAUCUGCUUUAUUGCGUGAUUCGAAGCUAUCAAAGGAGCUCUUGUGUAAUUAUUCAUUAAAGGGAAGAAUAGGUAGAGAAUAAAAUGCUUGGUGGCUUGUAUGGGGACCUUCCUCCUCCGUCGUCGGCACCCUUGGCCGACGAGGAGAAAAACAGCAACUCCGCUGUGUGGUCAAGCAGCGCCAAAAUGGCACCGCCAACUCUGCGAAAACCGUCGUCUCUCUUCACUCCUCAUACGGCCCUGAAAAACCAGCAGUCACAGAACAAACCCAAAGUCAUAAAUUCAUCUCAGUCAAGAAACCUAAAUUCGUUUGUAUUGCCUGAUGAUGGGGUGAAAAGCCCGUCAUUUCAACCCGCCCUCGUUGCAGUCACAUCAACAGUUAUUGAGGAGUAUGAUCCUGCAAGGCCUAAUGAUUAUGAGGAGUACAGAAAGGAGAGGAAGAGGCGAGCCAUGGAAGCUGAGAUGAAGAGGGAACUUGAAAGAAGGCGUAAGGAAGAGGAAGAGAGGGAGAGGGAGAGGGAGAGGGAGAGGGAGAGGGAGCGGGAGCAGGAGCGAGAACAUAGAGAACGAGAAGCAUUGGAAAAAGAAAGGGAGAGGGAUUACAAUGACUCAAGAACUUCAUCAUUGAAUAUUUCUGGAGAAGAAGCAUGGAAACGGCGGGCAGCAAUGAGUGGGAAUUUGGGAGGUUCUGCGCCAAGGUCACCUUCUCCCCCAUCGAAUGUAGAUGGCUUUAGUAUUGGGAAGUCGGGAUCAGUUGGGUUAGGCGUUGGUGCUGGUGGGCAGAUGACUGCCGCACAAAGAAUGAUGGCGAAGAUGGGUUGGAAGGAAGGACAAGGGCUUGGAAAGCAGGAGCAGGGGAUUACUACUCCCCUGAUGGCCAAAAAGACAGAUAGACGAGCUGGAGUGAUCGUGAAUGCAAGUGAUUCUAGAGCUGAGAAAAAGAUGAAGAGUGUGAGCUUUAAUGGCUCACCAACUCGGGUUCUGCUGCUCCGAAACAUGGUGGGACCUGGGGAGGUGGAUGAUGACCUAGAAGAUGAGGUAGCAUCAGAGUGUGCAAAGUAUGGGACAGUUUCUAAGUGCCUCAUAUUUGAGAUUACGGAGCCCCAUUUCCCAGCAGAAGAGGCAGUUAGGAUCUUUGUACAAUUUGAGAGAUCAGAGGAGACGACAAAGGCACUCAUCGAUCUUGAUGGCCGGUUCUUUGGAGGGAGGGUCGUUCGUGCCACAUUCUAUGAUGAGGAGAGGUUUGGAAGAAAUGAGCUAGCACCAAUGCCAGGGGAGAUCCCUGGUUAUCCAUGACUGAUGGUUGUAGUUAACUUGUGUCUCACCGGGGAGGAAGCUGAAUUGCUGGGUUGGGUUUGGCUUCAAUGAUAUUGGGAGAGCUAAGUAAACUGUAAUUUUGUAUGGGAGGAAGUGGAAAACAUGAUGGAAUGUUUGUUCCAUUUACUAGCGAAUUAAACAAUUUUACAGUGAUUCUAAAGUGUAGUUAGUGUUGUUAAAUGGAAGAUCCUGAAUUAAAGUUUAACCUAAGGAAGGUGGAUUGUACAAGGAACACAAGGAAGUUCUAAAAUGUAGUAAUUGGCUGUUAAGUGGCAAA